AUGUCUUACGAUUCUACGCACCCACCAUCUCGCCCAGCAAACAAUAGCUCCUCUCCGGUCGCCGCCACGCAGAACGGCUCUGUAGGGUUUGCGUCGGCGAGUUCUCCCUCGGCGUCUACAGCUGCUGCUACUGCUACAACAGCUGCUGCCCUAACAGCUUCUUCAGGUGCUCUGGGAGUUACCCCCAGCACCACCCCAACGCCAGCUCCUCCUCCCCCACCUCCAACAAUUCACAAACGAACAUACCAGGCGUGCAUUCCGUGCCGGCAGCGCAAGGUCCGCUGCGACCUCGGUUCCGUUGAGGCCCCCCACGACCCGCCCUGCGUCCGCUGCCGCCGCGAGUCAAAGGAAUGCUACUUCUCCGCCACCCGCCGCAAGACACGCACGCCGUCCGUCACGGCCGAUGACGCAAGCUCCGUAAUCGGUAUUGGCCGCGGCCGCGGCAUCAGGGCGGGCGUCGGCGUGGGCGUGGUGCGGAAGCGUGAGGACGAGGAGAGCAGUGAGGCUGGGGGGGCGCUAAAGAGACCGAGAUCAAUUGGCCACGGCUCGCCACUCGAGGACCCGGCGGGGGCGUACCCGCCGUCUGAGUAUAAUUCUAGGGGCGGGCACCACGGCUCGCCGUACUCGACGCAAGGGUACCAUGAUAGGAUUGACCCCAGGCUGCAGAUCCAGACCGCUGUGGAGCCACGGCACGAACGCGAGUCGGCACAAUCGAUCAAUACCGAUGUGACACUAUUGCAGACGCCCGUCUACAACUCGCACGAAGCGCUGCUCACGCUCAUCGAGGCCGCCGGGAAAGAUACGCCCUUGUCGGCAGGGGCAAAGUCCAACUCGGGCGAUAGCGAUUCGGAAGGGGAAGGUGACGACGCAAUCAUUGGCAAGGGAUCCGGCGAAGACCGACAUCACCAGAGUAACGGUGACCACUAUCACCACAACCACCAAUCGCCUGUGGCGAGAGGCACUGGCGCGGGUGUGCGGUUCUCGGAGAUGGCUUCGCCGUCGGAGGCGGCGGGGAGCAGCUUCACGAGCUCGCAUGCCAGGCGGAGGGCCGCGAGUACGAGUACUGUGUCGCCGGGGAUGAGAUCGCACGGGCGGAGCAUGUCAACCUCGGCGAUUCAGGAUCCUAAGGAGAAGGAGGGUAUGGAGAAGAGUAUUAGAGCAUGGAAUAAAUUCAGAUUUGUAAAGGCCGGGUGGUUCACUGCCCGAGAGGCAAUUGGAUACGUAGAAUAG